UCUAGAAUUUGAAGUUUUGGUGGACUACAAAACUGACUGGACAUUUUGGAAGUGCGAGUAAAGAGGUUGUACUGAUUUCUCAGUUUUCCUACUUUUGGCUGACUCGCUGCUGAGAGGGAUCUUGGUUGGAGAAACGGCCAAGAUGGAGCAGCAACUGUUGAAUUUGCAGAUGCACAGAUGUUCAGGCUGAGGCAGAUGUUGCAGCAGAACCAUAAAGCCCGCGUGGCUCCAAAAAGCAGCAGAGCGUCAGUGGGCAUCAGAAGCUCUGGACUUACGACCUCAUAACCCCCCAGAUUGAGGCCAUAUAACCUCCAAGCCCAGCUUAGGAGGGAUGAAAUGUUCUUGUUUUCUCGUGCGCACUGACGCGUUUUUCAAGGUAAAUAUUAUUUUUCCAAGGUGAAAUGGCAGGCCUUUGUUGUUUACCGAGAGGUAAAGAGGCGGAAAAGUGAGGAGGAUCUGAACUGGUUUCCAUGUCAAACACUUCAAUUCACCAUAGAAACUCAGAUCUUAACGCGGAAACUUUAUUAAACUGUGAUGGCGGAUUGAUAAGGCCGAAUUUCUAUCGGCCUCUUUUUAUUGUGGGCACCAGGCGGGCUGACAGAGGUAAAUUGCUCUUUUAAUUAAAGCAAUGCAGCAGGGGAAAUUGCUGUCUGAAUAUUGUCUCAGAGAUGGGGGCCAGUGACAGUUGCCUGGAAACUUCAAUCUGUCCUCCCGCAUUUAUUCCAGAUCCCAGUUACGAGAUAAAGUUUAAUAAAAAUCUUUUCCUGCGCCUCCACCGAAAUGAAAUCCAUCCCUUUCUGAACACCCGAACACAAUGAGACUGGACCGCGGAGGAAAGCUCAUGUUCAACAUGUAUCUCUCAGAUCCAACAGAAAAUCUGUUGAAAGAAAGCAAAGGAGCAUCCUGGGGUCCAUUAAACACAGGCGUCCAAAAAGGCAGCGGGCAGAUCCAGCUGUGGCAGUUCCUGCUGGAGCUCCUGUCCGACAGCACCAACGUGUCCUGCAUCGCCUGGGAGGGAACCAACGGCGAGUUCAAGCUCAUCGACCCGGACGAGGUGGCGCGGCGCUGGGGGGAGCGCAAGAGCAAACCCAACAUGAACUAUGACAAGCUGAGCCGCGCGCUGCGCUACUACUACGACAAGAACAUCAUGACCAAAGUGCACGGCAAGAGGUACGCCUACAAGUUUGACUUCCACGGCCUGGCGCAGGUGUGCCAGCCGACCACCACCGAGCAGGCCAUCUACAAGUUCCAGGGGAACUUCUCCCCGAUCCCCUUCUCCGGGAUCUCCAAACUAAACCUCGUCACCCCCGGCGUGGGGCCCUCGAGCUUCUCCUACUGGCCCGGUUCGGCCCCGGCGGCGCUGUACCACAGCCACAACCUGCAGCCCGCGGGGCCCUUCGGCACCGUGUCCCCGUCCCACAUCAGCUGCGUCAACAACAUCAACAGCCUGAGCAACAUCAACAACCACUACAACUGACCGACGCACGCACGCACGCACGCGCACGGAAAACCCUGGACCCAAAACAGUCUCGUUUCGGGGGGAAAAAUCUCCUUUUUGUUAUUAAAAAAUGAUGUUUUAUUUUAUUUCACAGGAUUUAGAGCAUUAAAUUAUACAUUUAAUUUUUUUCUUCUUUUUAGCCUAAUUUAAUUUGUAAAUUUAUGUUUAAAAAUCUGCCGUUUAUAAUUCUAAAUGUAAUGGAUUAUCAUGACGACAUUUAACCCGACUAAACAGCUGCUUUCCGCGUCUGGAAAAUCCCGUUUUUCCUGAUUCUGCGCCUCUGAAGGUUUGGACUCCUGGCGCCACCUCGUGGUUGUGCGGUGGAACCGUCCAUUCGCCCCUCAGAUGGAUGGAUCCUCAUCUAUAGUCACCGAUCCAUCUUUGACCUUUGACCUUUGAACGGAAGAUUAACGUUAGAUUUAGUUCAACUCCAACACGGAGAAGGAAAGAACCGCUCAGAGACUUUAGAAGAGGAGCGUCUCCGCGGAGAAAAACUUCUGCUCCUCUUCCUGAUUUCUUCAGACUGACCGUCUCCUGCCGUCGUGUCAACAGACUGGAGCAGAAAACGAGGAAAAUCAAUCAAAUCAGAGCUAAAUUGCAGUAUUUGGUUCUGCCGAGGAGAAUGUUUAAUACUUUGAAAAGACGAAUAAAGAUUGGGAUGGUGGAAAUGG